AUGGGUUCAAAAGUUGGUAAUCGGGGUAGUAUCAGGCUAUCACUGAAUGCAGCCAAUACGUCCAAUGGUGGUGCUGAAAUUAAUGGUGGUCGGUCUGGUGCUAAUCAAAACAAACAAUCAACUGGUGAUGAAUCCAAAAGCAAGAGAAAAUCGGCACGCAUAGCACAACUAGAAGCUGAGUUGAUACCAAAGCUAUCGGCUAGUCCAGAGAUUAAAGGGGGACCUAAAGCCAGUAAACCUGGAUCUGUUUCUGGCAACGGGAAUACAGUAUUUGUUGAACCAGAACUAGCAGCACCCACACCAAGCUAUACCGGAUUACCAUUGGAAGAGUUUCCUAGUAACAAAAUUAAAAAGGAAUCUUUAUGGCCUGCAAAAUACAGGCGAACAAGAAGUAGCGACAGCUCAAGAGAAAGCACUGCUACACCAGGAGAUGAAAUAGAAAACAAUAAAGUUGAAGCAUAUUAUCAAAAUAAUCUAAAAACAAGCUUAAGUGAGGAUCUAGCUCAAGAGAGUGAAUUGAGGCAAUCGCUUGUAAAUGCAUCUUCUUCAAAACCAAGAAAAACAACACGAUUGAAACUAACUUUACGAACACCCACACAAACAUCGAGACAACAACAAAAAAGAUCAUUGGAUGGCAUUGCCAAUGCGAAGCACCGUCCAUUGAAAAAAAUAAAAGUCACGUCACCCACGAAAUCACCUAGAACCAAAUUAUUCGAUGCCAAAACCAGUAAUAGCAGUAUUGUAAAACAAGAAAAAGACAAACACCAAGAAGCAGAAGAGGAAGAAAUAAAAGAGAAUGACGAUUUCUGUUUUGCUUGUGGUAUGCCUGGGAUAUUCAUUUGCUGUGAAAAAUGCCCUAAAUCAUUUCACUUUACUUGUUGUGACCCACCGAUAGAGGAGGUGCCGGAAGACGAAUGGUAUUGUCGUGAAUGCUAUACCAAAGCCUACCCGGAAUCGAUCCCGGAUUGGCGUGAUAUAGGGGUCUUUGGACAAUUAUUGAACCAAUUGGAAACUAGGAAUCCCAAAGUAUUUAAACUACCUCUUGAAUUGCGUGAAAAGACAUUUGUCGGGGUCACUACCGAAGACAAUGGUGAUUAUGUCGAUGAUAGUGUGAAAGAUGACAUCCCACCAGCAAAAUUGAAUGGAUCACAAAUACCAGGUUGUAAUCGUGAUGUGACUUUAGAAAUUGAUGAUUUGUAUAAAGAAAAUGGAGAACCUUUUUUGUGUCACAAGUGUGGUGGAUCUGGACAAAAUCGAAGGACUUUAAUUCAUUGUGACUAUUGCCCCUUGGUAUACCAUAUUGACUGUUUAGACCCACCGUUAUUUGGACCUAAAACUAUUGGCGAUAAAUGGAGAUGUCCUAACCAUAUUGAAGAUUUGCUUCCAAAAGGACUUCCUAAACUACGUCAAUUCAAAGAGACGCAAGUGGUUGAAAACUCCUUGCAUAGUAAUUUUAUGAAAAUGGCCAGCAUCAGCAAUAUAUUUAUUAAGUAUGACGAUGAAAAAUACCUCAACGAUAAUGAAAAACCAAUAACAUUUGAUAAUUACAAGCAGUACAAGAAUACUUCAUUGGAGAAAAAAGUAUUAGAGAAUUGGGGUGAAGACAUGGAAGCUAUACAUCCAGAGUAUAAAGUACCGGGGUUCUUCCAAGCAGUAGCAACGGAUCGUGGAGUCUCUGCACAAAGCACGAAAAUAGUAGCACUACCGUCUGCAUUAUCAAACAAAUCCGUAAUCUACAGAGUCCCCGAAAAACUGAUAGUGAUGGAUUUUGUUGGCAAAAUUGCAAAGGAUAAACUAUUGAAUGAAAUUUCACAAUACGACAUACAACAACGACUUGAAGAAGAUCCUGAUACACUAGAGGCCGUUAAAAGCUUAAAUGAGAUCAAAGAACGACAAAAGAUUUUAAAUUUAGAUGCGUUGCUACAAGUUAUAGGCGAAGAAUCUAAAACAACCAAAAAUGAAACUCUCAACGACAACGAAAUACAAGAGUUACUCAAGAUUAAACAAUUGAUGAAAGCAAAAGGCCAACAGGCACUAUUGGAAUUUCUUCAGUCAUGA